GCAGUGGACAGGGGAGGGUUAAAGGGUUCCCCGCCUCCUGCCCAGGGGACCCCUGCCCUGCGGGGCCAUGAACAGUGUUUGCUGCCUGGUCCUGGUUAUGCUGAGCCUGAAGCCAGAUGAAGCUGCUGCCCCAGGGCCGCCUCCAGGCCUGCCCCGGGCCUCCUCCGACCCUCGAGUGGAGCUGGACAGCAUCGUCCUCCUGACCCGAGCCCUCCUGGCUGACACGCGGCAGCUGGCCUCCCAGCUGAGAGACAAAUUCCCAGCCGAUGGAGAUCACAAUCUAGACUCACUGCCCACCUUGGCCAUGAGUGCAGGUGCACUAGGAGCUCUGCAGGUCCCGGGUGUGCUGUCCCGGCUGCGCGCAGACCUACUCUCCUACCUGCGCCACGUGCAGUGGCUGCGCCGAGUGGGAGGCACCUCCCUGCGGAGCCUGGAGCCAGAGCUGGGUGCCCUACAGAUGCGACUGGAGCGGCUGCUGCGCCGGCUGCAGCUCCUGAUAUCCAGCCUGGCACUGGCGCAGGUGCCCCCAGACCCGCUGGUGCCCCCCCUGGCACCCCCAGCCUCUGCCUGGGGAGGUGUCCGUGCAGCACACGCCAUCCUGGGGGGCCUGCACCUCACCCUGGACUGGGCCGUGAGGGGCCUGCUGCUCCUGAGGAUGCGGCUGUGACCGGCCUGAGCCACCAGCCACUGGAGCCAGAUCUUUAUUUAUUUAUUUAUUCGGGGUGUGGCAGUUAGGACCCCUGCACUAUUUCGCCUUGUUAUCAGCAGACCCUCCAGGAGACCCUGGCAGGUCAUCUGUGUCUUAUUUAUACUUAUUUAUUUAAUUGGGGGGAGGAGACAGGUGUACUCAGGGGUCCCCUGCGGAGGGAUCUGGGUCACAGGCUCUUGGAUCUGUUGGAAGCCUGAUACACUGUCCCCGUGGCCCUUCCCCUGGGAAGGAACUGGUAUAUUAUUUAUUUAAUUCAAUUUCUGCUCGGCUGGAAGGGCGGGGAUGGGAAAGGAGGCCUGGGCCUUCGGACAAGCGCAUGAGACUGGGGUGAUGAUGUGAGACCGCCAGUUGCAGAGCCCUUUUGUCCACAGGGGUGGGGAGGUGGGGCACUCAGGGCCAUGAGCCCCCACCCCGCUCUGAGACCAGGAGCUCCAGGAGGCAGGCUUGGAGCCUCCUGUGAUGCCCAGCACGUAGUAGGCACCCAGCAAACAUCUGAUGAAAGGUUCCAGAAAGUCUUCAGAAGGUAUACUCCGAGGAAAAGGUGGUUUGUUGCAGUCUAGUUUGCUACAACAGAUCGGAGAGCCUGCAGAUCCCAAGCAGGCGAGCCAUUGUUCCGGCCAUCCACAUCCAU